ACAGAGUCUUUCUCUCAAUCCAGCUAAGAAGAUAUAUGUCUGCAACUGAAACUCAAUUUUCAUCCGAAAGAAACCAAAUCGAGGAUCAAAAUCAGGGGUUUAAAAUGGGAGAAAUAGAGAAUCCAGAAGUGAUGACAAGAGUGAUAAAUUUCUUAUCAUCAUUAUUAGAAAGAGUGGCGGAAUCAAAUGAUAUGAAUAGACAUUUUGAUUCAUUAUCAGCAUCAUCAUCAUCAUCAAAAGUAUCAGUAUUUCAUGGAUUAACAAGACCUAAUAUUACAAUUCAAAGUUAUCUUGAAAGGAUUUUCAAGUACGCAAAUUGCAGUCCUUCUUGCUUCGUAAUCGCUUAUGUUUAUCUGGAUAGAUUUGCUCAAAAACAACCUUCAUUACCUAUCAAUUCUUUCAAUGUUCAUCGGUUACUCAUCACAAGUGUUAUGGUUGCUGCUAAAUUCAUGGAUGAUUUGUACUACAAUAAUGCAUACUAUGCCAAAGUUGGAGGGAUAAGUACAAUAGAGAUGAAUUAUCUUGAAGUGGAUUUCUUAUUUGGUUUAAGUUUUCACUUAAAUGUGACACCAAAUACAUUCCACACAUACUGUUCUUACCUUCAAAGAGAAAUGUUGAUGGAGUCUCCACCUCUAAAUUUAGCAGAAUCUUCUCUGAGUCUAAGCAGAUCUCUAAAGCUUCAUUGUUGUUUUAAUGAUGAUGAUUCCACUCAUCAACAACAACUAACUGUUUGAUAGUACUACUCUUGUUUGUUAAGUCAGUAGAUUUUUAGAGAUAGAAAUAGAGACACUUCUCUUCUUCUUCUUCUUCUUCCUUCUUUUUUUUUUUCCCCUUUUCUUAUGUUUUUGUUGUAGUUUGAUUGGAACAUCCCACCACCUAUAAUCAUGUGUAUUAAAUCCCCACUUUUGCUACUUUUCUUUUUUUUCUUUUGUUGUGGUUUUGGAAUUUGAAUGACCAGAGAAGGUCAUAUAUAUAUAAAUGGCUUUCCAUGAUCCAA